GAAUCUAAAUAAAAAAGACCCUUAAGAAGAUCGAAAUCUAAAUAACAAAUUCAUCUGAGAGAAAAGGAAUCCGAACUUUAAUAAGAAUUCAGAAAAAUGAUUUUCCUGCGUUAUAUCUGCUUCUUAAUAUCGUUAGUUACUGUACGGGCGGAUUUCAACAUUUCGACGCACGAUCUUAAAGUGUUACUUUAUCAAAGAAAAACUUUCGACGUAUACUUGACGAAUUAUACUGGAUUAGAAAAUAUAACAGUAAGCCUAAAUGUAAACCAUAAGGAUUUAAUUUUGGUCGAGCCAUCAGAAUUUAAUGUUAUGUUGAAUGAAUCACAUAAGAUAAAUGUAACGGGUAUUGGUGCUGGACAUUCGAUUAUCAGUCUGAACGUUGUACCUUCGGAUGCUGUACAUUUUUCGGAAGCAUUCGUUAGAGUGACAGUGGAAAAGUCGGAUACGAUUUAUCACGUUAGCAUUGUAGUCGGAUGGAUAUAUUUCUUGGCAUGGAGUAUAAGCUUUUAUCCACAGAUAUAUAGUAAUUACAAACGCAAAAGCGUCGUAGGUCUUAACUUUGACUACUUGUCGCUUAAUAUCGUUGGAUUUAUUAUGUAUGCAUUGUUUAAUUGUUGCCUCUUUUGGAUACCGGAGAUAGAGCAAGAGUACUUUAAUAGGUAUCCAAAGGGAUUGAAUCCUGUGCAAGUUAAUGAUAUAUUUUUUUCUCUACAUGCAGUAUUCGCCACUGUGAUAACUAUCAUCCAAUGUUUUAUAUAUGAGGCUGGUUCUCAAAGAGUAUCCACGACAGCGCGUAUUAUUCAUGGAAUAUUCGCGAUAUUUAUACUUAUUUCAAUGUUAUUGGCCAUAACGAUAGUAAUUGCAUGGCUCGACUUUUUAUACUACUGCAGUUACGUUAAACUGUGUAUAACUCUUAUCAAAUACGUGCCACAAGCGUUUUAUAACUACAGGAGGAAGUCCACUGUUGGUUGGAGUAUUGGAAAUAUAUUUUUAGAUUUCACUGGUGGUAUACUGUCGAUGCUACAGAUGAUAUUGAAUGCAUAUAAUUAUGACGACUGGGAGAGCAUUUUUGGAGAUCCAACGAAAUUUGGACUGGGAUUCUUUUCUGUAGCAUUCGAUGUAUUUUUCAUUAUACAACAUUAUGUUUUAUACAGAUUUAUCAGUGAAAAAGAAAUCGACCUGAAUGGCAAAGUAUAAGCAACAUCUGUCAACGACAUAUUUUUAGCAUCAUCCAAUAAUCAUCCAUUAUUUCUUUUAAUAAAAUAAAAGAUUAAGAACCAUUAAGUAAUCUAUAUUAGCUAGAAUAAUGACUUAACGGUCGGUCCUAACGAUGGAAAUGCCUGAGCAAUAAGGAAGCAAAAAUCGUUCACUAUACAGUAGAAUUCAUCUUAUUUAUUUUUGUGUUAGUAUUAUAUGAUUGCAUAUAAAUGAAACGCGAAAGUAUUUUCAUUAUAAAUACGUAUGAUAUUAACACAGUAUUAUAUUAUAAACGUUAAAGAAACAAUUAAUAGAGCUAGAAUUUGUAUUUGAGAAACGAUGAAAUAAUGAUGUUUUUUAAGCUACAUAAUAUAAAAGAAAAUGAUAUACGAAUAUUUAACGAAGUUAGAUGAAAGUUCGAAUAAAUCGAAAAUUGUUAAGUAUACGCGAUUAAACGCUUCUCUAUAUUUUAUAUUAAUUUUGCUUUUGUUCUAUUUUGGAAAAAUUCUGUUUUGUACAUUUAUAACGAAAUAAGUAAAAUAAAAACAUCAAUAUAUCUGUCCCAGUA